UUGGUGGGGAAAAAAGAAAGAAAGAAGUGAAUGUGAAAGCGUGCUGUAGUAACGCUGUCUCAAUAUGGCUGGAGCUUCGUCUGUAGCCGGUGAAGUGUUUGUUGACGCUUUGCCGUAUUUUGACCAGGGCUACGAUGCUCCUGGUGUUAGAGAAGCAGCUGCUGCUUUGGUGGAGGAGGAAACCCGGAGAUACAGACCUACGAAAAAUUACCUGAGUUACCUGCCGACGCCGGAUUUCUCAGCUUUUGAAACUGAGAUCAUGAAGAACGAGUUUGAGAGACUUGCCGCGCGUCAGCCCAUGGAGCUUCUCAGCAUGAAGAGAUACGAGUUGCCCGCCCCAUCAUCAGGCCAGAAGAAUGACAUGACGGCGUGGCAGGAUUGUGUGAAUAACUCGAUGGCCCAGCUGGAGCACCAGGCAGUGCGCAUAGAGAACCUGGAACUCAUGGCACAGUACGGCACCAAUGCCUGGAAGGUGGCUAAUGACAACUUGGCGUUCAUGAUUGAAAACGCACAGAAGGAGCUGCAGAUGGUUAGGAAGCACAUUCAGGACUUAAACUGGCAGCGGAAGAACGAUCAGCUCACUGGCGGGGCCAAACUGCGAGAACUGGAGUCCAACUGGGUGUCCCUUGUGAGUAAGAACUACGAGAUCGAGCGAGCCAUCGUGCAGCUGGAGAACGACGUUAACCAGCUGAGGCAGCAGCAGGGAGAAGAGAACAAGGAGAACAUCCGACAGGACUUCUAGUAUGUGACAUGCCUGUCCAGCACAAUCUGGAACAACAGAUGGAUGCACUGUCAAAAAAAAAAUCCCAAAAUGAUGCAAAGUCUGCAGAAAAGACAUUUCAGAGAGAGCGUGGAGAUUUGUUUCCGUACUGUGAAGUGAGCAGGGGAAAUGGUAUCGAAGCCUGAGUAUUUGACGUGUUUGACGUUUUUGAAAGCUCACUACUGUACAAUACAGUUGGUUUGUAUGUUUGUGGGGUUUUUUGUUUG